AUGAAAAUCACAUCCUGGAAUGUCAGGGGUCUAUCAGCCCCUGACAAGAAAUGCUUGGUAAAGCAUUUUUUGAGUAUUCACACUCUUGAUGUGUUACUUUUACAAGAGACCAAGCUUGGUGGAGAUAAAACUAGGCAGUUCAUUAAUUCUUGUUCUAAAUGGGAUGGUUUAUUUCAAGAUGCAAUCGGCAUUGCUAGUGGCCUAGGUGUGGUAUGGAAUCAAGUAAAUGUCGAGGUGUUACCCAUUGCCUCCCAUGAGAAUUGGAUGGCGUGUGAGAUCAAAGGCAUUGGUACAAAUUUUCAUUUUCCAAUUUUUAAUGUAUAUGGCCCGACGAAGACCGAAGAGAAAUUGAAGGUCUGGAGAGAAAUUAUAGUGCCAGCAUCUCUAGUUGAGAAGGAUAAAGCUAUCAUAGUAGGAGAUUUCAAUGCUCUGCUGGAUGUGGAUGAGAAAGAAGGAGGUCUCAGAAAAUGCUCAAAAGUGAUGGAGGAUUUAAGAGAUUUCAUUGAAUACAAUAAGCUUAUCGAUAUUAUUCCGAAAAAUGGUAAAUUUACCUGGACUAACAGAAGGUUGAACUUCUUUAAAAUAUCGGAAAGACUGGAUAGGUUUUUUGCUAGAGAUUGGUGGUUGACAGGGGACUUGUUAUUGGUCACUUGCAUUAUUCCCCAAUGUGGCUCUGAUCAUUUACCAAUUUCUUUAUCAAUCGGGAAGGAGACUCACAAAAAGAGGAGCUACUUCAAAUUCCUCAGUAUGUGGUGGUGUGACCCAGGUUUUAAAGAAAAACUCAAGGUGUGGUGGCUGGAAGGAGACACUUUCAUGGGCACCCCUAGUUUUAGAUUUGUUAAAAGACUUCAAUCAUUAAAACAUAAGAUUAAGGCCUGGAAUAAAUCAAGCUUCAAAAACAUUUUUUCAGAAAAAUUGAGAAUAAAGGAAGAACUUGAAGCGUUAAACCAAAAAGUGAUGUUGGCUGGGAUGAAUAAGGAGGAAUUUCUGCUUGAAAAUAAUUUGAAGGAGGAGUACAAUGAAGUUUUGAAAAGAGAAGAAGUUUUUUGGAGGGAUAAGUCUAGGGAGCUAUGGAUUUCAGAGGGCAACCGUAACACCAAAUUCUUUCAUGCAUCUUCAAAAGCCAGAAGAAUCCAUAAUAAGAUCAAUGCCAUCAAGGAUGAGAAUGGUCACUAG